AGACCUUGACGAUUAUCAUUCUUUUGUCACCAACGGGACAAAUGAAUACGUAUUUUCGUUUCGAAUGGAUUAAUGGAGAAGAAAAUCCGUGCGAAUACAAUCUUUGGAGAAUGUUUCAAAUUGAGCCAAAGCCAAAGUCGGGAGCAAAUUUCAUGAAACCAAAUCUUCCGAAUACUGAAAAUUUUUCUACAGCAUCAUCGUCGAAGAUUCGUCAAUUGUCGGAGCAACCGUCGUGUUCAAAUUCAUAUAAAAAACUAAGACAUGAAAUGGGUUCUGAUAAUUCAAAUAUUGAUGAUCCACUUGAUGAUUACGAUGAUAGAAAGAAGAAGUUGGCAAAAAAGAAAGCCGCGUUUAAGGCGAAGAAAGGAUACACUACGGGUCAAAACAAAUCGGAUAAUUCAUUCGAAUUUGAAGUUGAGAAAUCAAUGGAUCGAAAGGAACCAGAAAAUGGAGACGAAGAAGAAUCAACAGAGGAUGAUUACCGACAUGCUUACUCUUCGGUUGAAAAAAGUCUGAGAAAAAUAUCUCUGCUGCCAAUUCAACGACCUUCUCAUCACACUUUUUGCGUUUUCUGCUCCGAAUCGUACCCACCAGUUGAAUUUCAUUUCUGCAUCUUUAUGACAGCAGCCCAAAAAGAAGUGAAUCAAUCUGUGAACGAAUUUCUAGGAAAGGCUGACACGAUCAAUAAGAAAAUGCUCGAGUCUCUUAAAAAAUUUAUUCACACUUCGAAAGUCGACACUAUCGCCAAACAUUCCAGAAUGGAGAACACAUCAAUGAAAAAAAAUUCGGAUUCACCAAAGAAAUUAAAACGGCCAUCAACGGAUCCGAAUCCAAUCUCAAAACGUUUUCGACACAUCUCAGACGAAUCGACGUCUUCUUCAUCGCUGGCCAAAAAUAAAAGUCGUAGUGUAACACCGGAUGCUCUUCCGUUUGCGAUGAUCGAUUCGCAGGAACACCGUACACAAUCGGGAAGAGUCGUCAAACGUCCGAAUUUAUUCUGUCAUAAAGAAGUUCAAAUUCGGAAGGAAACCGUACAGAAGGAAGGACUUAAAAAAAAGCGAGUUAACAAGGAAAAAGAAGUGGAACAGGAGUCAACUAUCUUGUUGGGAAUUUCGGAAAGUGAAAGAAAAAGGAAUCGAAACAUGAUCAGGCGAUUAUUGGCAAAUGGAUUUGAACUUCCUGGCGAUGAUUAUGUACUGCCUCCUUUGCCAGCCGAUAAAUCAACAUGGACCAGAGAGCAACAUAAAAUGGACAUUUAUGGACCAAUAUAUUGUGCCUUACAAAGUUUCAAGCCUGCAUACACGACUGAUAUGACUUCUGAAUUCCUCGAAGAUGAUGGUGAUACGGAAUUUAAAUCCGAAAAUUCAGAAUCAGAUUCGGAUAGUGAAGACGAACAGAAAGUCGAAAAUGAUGUAGCAUCAAGUGCAGAUGACAUUGAAUUUAUAGAAAUUGUAGAAGCUGAGAGGAAGAUGGAUCAAAAUCUUGCGCAACAAGUUCGUUCUUCAUUCGUGACAACUGCAGAAAAUACAGAAAAUAAUAUGCUCAUGGAGGACGAUUCAUCAGAACAAGGAUCUUCAAAAUUUAAUAGAAAUGCAUCUCGUAGAUCAACCGAAAAUAUCGAGUUCAUCACUAUUGACGAUGACGACGACGACGAUAAUGAUAUUGAGAUCAUUGCGUAGAAGUUCAGCUAUACGUCGUGUAAAAGCGUCCAACGCAGUCACUGGUGAAGAAGUUAUAUCAGGAUAUCAUAACUUAUACUGUUAUUCAAAUUAUAAUCGUAUUUUCCAAUAUCUUUAAGGUUGAAUAUUGUGAAUACCAGAAAUGCUAGCGAAAUAGUUCUGGGUUUUCAAUAUUUUCAACAUAAUCUCUUUAUUUUUCUCUUUUAAUUUGUACCAUGUAAACUAAAUCUGAGCGCUCUAGGAAUAUCUCACUAUUUUCUAAUAUCAUUGUAUUUCCAACUCAUUUUCCUAAUUUAACCAUUUUUAAUUAUCCAGAAUUCUUGAACCUUCCUUCUGUUCUUCCACUUCUAUGUUAUCCCUCGUGAUGAUGACGCAAAGAAACGAGAGAAAACGAAGAAUACAUCAUGAAAAACACGAGAGACGCAGGAAGUUGAACGGACGGUUUGAAAGCAUGCUGUUUACAUGCAUUUUCGUGAUGAAAAUUUUCUCGGCUUCUCGAUUUUCUCUUUAAAUAUUGCCUUUUUGUUUUGUUAGAUCUUUCCAUUUGUUUCAUGUUCUUUUUUAUGAUUUAAUGAAUUAUCCUUUU